CAAAAUUUAAAUUUAAAAUGGACUCGAAUGACUUUGGGAGGUUCCCUCCUCAAUUCAACUCAGAAAUGAGUGGCAAUAUUAUUGAAAAAGAGACAAGUUCGCGAUAUGACUUGCCUCCAAAAGUAAGCUCAAUGAGCAAACUUCCCUUCAAAGAAACAGACCCUGCAUCGAACUCUAAUUCCUUCUUUGGACAAUCAAAUAUGGGAACAGAGAAAGAUCUUGGAGCUCUAAAGUUAGUCUCUGAACUACUAAAUAACCAAGCUGACUGGAAAGAAGUACCUGAUAUAGUAAAAUGGACUAUAAAAGCACUCUAUGACUCCUCACAGUCUCUCUUGGUGAACAUGAACCAAGGAGUAUCCAGGAAAGAUGUUGAUCACAUUACAAACAUGCUUGUCUCUAAAGAUGAGCUCAGGUCAAGCCUUCUGACAAAAGUCAACAUCACUGAUGUUUCAGAAGCAAUGAGAGACCUCCUCUGACAAAUUGAGUGCAAAGUUGACAAAGAGUUCUAUUCUACAGAUAUUAAUGAUAAAGUAUCCUAUGACGACUUCAAAAUUGUCUGCGAGAAACUAGACAACGAUGAGUACCAACAAAUGGUGAAGAAAAUAGAUUUUGAAACUCUCCUCACCAACCUCAAUAACAAAUCCAACUGGACAGAGGUGAACGAAAUGCUUGAGAAGAAGGUAGACAAAGAAACUAUUGCUAAUGCCCUUCAGAAGAAGAUCAACAAAACAGAUUUCACGGUUUUCCAAAAAGAAAUGGAUGCCAAAAUGGAGAGGCUUGAGGCCACCUUCAAGACCAAACUUGAACAAGUAAUCGAAGCUCAAGAACAAGUCCUCAAAAUAGUGGAGAACGAAAAUGAAAUUCAUCAUAAGAAAUUGAAUAGAAACAACCCUCAGCUUGAAGAUCUUCGUAAAAGAAUAGACAUGAAAGCUGAUAGGAGAGAAAUCGAUAUAUUCACACAAGAAUGUAUGAAUAAUGUAGACAGGAUCAAAGAUGAAGUAGAGGACAUCAUCCAAAACCUCAGCACGAAGCUAGAAACUCACAAAUCAUCAACAGCAUCUUCGCUCUCAUCGCUAUCUUCAAGCUUACAAGCAGACUUGACUAGCUUAUCAAAAUCCUUCACCAAGGACCUGACCACGAUCACCGAGAAAGUUGAAGAAGACCACAGCAAACUACAGAAAGAGACAAAGAAACAAUUUACUAGUUUAUCUGACAAGAUUAGUGAUUUCCAAAUAAAAAUAGAUGACUCUUCCUCUCAAAAAGAUCAAGAUAUUAUCGAAAGAGUGGUAAAUCUUGAAGUAGCGACCAAGAGCCAUAAAGAGGACAUGAACAAACUAAAGAUAAAGGUUAAAAGCAUCCCUGAGAUAGACCCUCUUACCCAACUCAAGCAGCUGAGAGAGAUUCUCACAGAAACGAAGAAAGAGAUCAUGGGAGAUGUGUACAACUGUCAGAAAGAUAUCGACUCUCUUAACUCCUCCAAGCUAAACUGUGUGGAGUUCUUUGAGUUCAAAAACUCCACACAAGUGACAAACCGCAAGCUUGAAGAAGUACAGUACAUUCCUGAAGCCCUAAAAGAGCUAGAGGAAAGAAUAUACAAGCAGGCAGAAGAUAUGAAGACCUUUUCAAGUCUCCUUGCUACAAUGGAAUCCUCAGUCCUCCAAAAAUGUGAGAGCCAGAGGAGUAAUAAUCCUAGCUUCGAGCUGCUCAAAAUGGUUAAUGACAAAGCAGACAAAAUAGACCUAGAAAGAGUAAUGAAAUCCAAGGUGGAUUACUCAGAAUUCACUGAUCUGGUUGAACGAGUCCAAAAAGACCAGAAAAAUGAGGAAGUCUUCACCUUGCUCAAUGAGAAAGCAGAGAUUGAUCAUGUCAAUAAAGCCUUGACUGAGAUCCAUGAUGAGCUUGACAUUAAAGCUAACCAUGAAGAUAUUGACAGCAAUAUCAGAGGUAUUGAAAAUAUGAUGGAAGCCCUCUGCUCAGAAAACUGCGUUGGGAGGUGGUACUGGAAAAGCGGAAAUCUUAAAAACGACACCUGCAUUCCUUGGGAAGAGCAAAAUAUCAACACCUGCCCUGAAAACUUCUUGUGGGAAGAGAAUAAGACAAGCAUCCUCACUGUAUCCCCAGGUGUAUAUGAAAUCAACUGCGCACUGUUUAGUGCUAAGCAGAAGCCUAAAUUUGAUGUCAUGAUCAAUGGUAUAAAAUGCAUCUCAAACUCUGGAGGAUACAAGCACGAAGAUGAGGAGAAUAACAGUAAAAUUAAUAAUGAAUCAAGAGAAAAAUACUCAAUCAAAGAAACUUACAGCUCAUUCUAUAACAGAACUUGGUACGAAAAUGAUGAGGGGAAGAACAAGAUUGUUGGAAACGGCCUCUCUUCCUUCAUAAAUCUACCUGCGAACUCUCGUGUUUAUCUGAAUUACCUCGAGACAGACCAUGCAGAAGGGUUCCUUAGCAUGAGGAAGAUAUAGAUUACUCAAAUUAUUCAAAUUUCCACUCAAAACUAAAAUUCAGC